CUCCACUCGGACGAAACGUUUUGACACACUAUGAAGGCAGAAGGUCCAUCAUCUGAGGGUCUCUGGGCGCCGCGCUGAGAGCCAUGGAUCACUUUCCCCGGAGGAAGCGGGUCGGUCUGCUGAAGCCCCUGCUGAGCCUGUCUCUUGUCUUCGCCUCGUUUCUCAUGAUCCACAAGCUGAAACUGGCAGAGAAGGACGGGGUGGGAGCUAAGCAUGCGAGGGACACCAGCUGGUGCGGCUCCAAGUGUUUACCCCUCAAGAAGGGAGUCGUGAAAAACAGUUUGGGGAGUUCCGAACCUCCGCAGCGGGUCUCCAACGGGACUCCGGCUUCCUGGGACGCGCAGGUGCUCAACUGCAGCGAGGACGCGUCGGUGAGGACCAAGGACUGGUUCCGGCGCUUGGACCCGAGGUUCCACCAGUUCGUCCUGCACAGACACUGCCGGUACUUCCCCAUGCUCAUUAACCACCCGGAGAAAUGCGCGGACGGAGGGGUGCACCUCCUCAUGGUGGUCAAGUCCGUUAUCGAGCAGCACGACCGGCGGGAGGCGGUGCGUAAAACCUGGGGCAGAGAGCACGCGGUGGAUGGGAAGAGAAUCAAAACGUUGUUUCUGUUGGGGAGCCCGACCACCGGCAAAGACACCAAGAACCUCCAGAAACUGAUCGAGUACGAGGACAUGGUCUACGGGGACAUCCUCCAGUGGGACUUCAUGGACACCUUCUUCAACCUGACCCUGAAGGAGGUCAACUUCCUCAAGUGGUUCGACAUCUACUGCUCCGGCGUGCAGUUCAUAUUCAAGGGAGACGACGACGUGUUUGUGAACACGCACAACCUGCUGCAGCUCAUCGGCUUCAAGGUGGAGGAGCGCAAGGACGCCGACUUGUUCGUGGGGGACACCAUCUCCAAGGCGAUCCCGAUCCGAAACCGGCAAAGCAAGUACUACAUCCCCAAAGAGCUGUACGAUAAGCCGUAUCCCCCAUACGCCGGAGGCGGGGGGUUUCUGAUGUCCUCCCAGCUGGCCCGGAGGCUCUUCGUGGUCUCGGAGGACCUGGAGUUGUACCCCAUCGACGAUGUGUUUUUGGGCAUGUGCUUGCAGAAGCUUCGCCUGGCCCCGGAGAUACACCCGGGCUUCAGGACCUUCGGCAUCACCAGGCGCAAGGUGAGCCCCAUGAACAGCGAGCCGUGCUUCUACAGGAACCUCAUCGUGGUGCACAAACUGAGCGCGCAGGAGCUGCUCGGCAUGUGGAGCGUGGUGCACAGCGACGCACUGGUCUGCGCCCAGAGGACGUCCAUGUGACUGUCCACGCAGAGAGCCACAAGUGGGUCGCGUACACUGAACCUUAAGACCUGAAGUCGCUCACCAACGCUGAUGCACAAUGCACAGCAGACUUGUGAUCAUACAUGAUGGU